UAUAUUUUAUUUCCGUUAUCCGGCAACCGAACAGUGCCUUUUGUUCGAGCCGCGAAAGAGGGUUGCUUUAUAACGUACCAGGGUUUCAAUUGUCCGGUGGUUGAAUGAAUGGUGAAAAUUUUUGGAAGAGGAUUGCUUGGUUCUGAAUAUAUUGUGCGAAUUCUGGGCAUGUUAUUGCAUAACUUACCAGUGCUGUACGUGUGAUAUUGGUAUUUACUGCUAUGAAUUCAUGGCGGGCUAUCAGUCUUCGCUUGUCCACAUUUAUUCCUUUUGGAGGAGGUUUGCGUGCUUAGGGAGAAACUCGUCAAGGACUCCAAGCAUUGGAAAUUAUCUGUCCAAUCUAAAAAAACCAUAUCUGAUUCUUCCUUCCUACAAACUCUCCAGAAAGGGCUAUUGUAACUUAUCCACUAAUGUGAAGUCGUCUUUACCUGGUGCUAUUUAUGAAACAUCUCCGAGUAAUGUUGUAAUUCCUUCUGAAAGUGAACAAACACAGCAUCAAGAUGCAUUUCUUAGUCCAGCCAAGUGUGAAGAAAGAGCACUGAAUACUAAUCCUUCCAAUGGUAGAGUAAUGCUUAUUGAUGGCACAUCAAUCAUCUAUAGAGCUUACUACAAACUUCUAGCAAAAUUGCACCAUGGCCAUCUAUCACAUGCUGAUGGAAAUGGAGAUUGGGUUUUAACUAUAUUUACAGCUCUAUCUCUCAUAAUUGAUGUUCUGGAAUUCAUCCCCUCCCACGUGGCGGUGGUAUUUGAUCAUGAUGGAAUUCCAUUUGGUCAUUAUUAUAAACCUUCCAAAGAAAGUAUUAAGGGGAAAGGUCUGAAUUUUCGUCACACUUUAUAUCCUGCCUACAAGAGCAAUCGCCCUCCUACCCCUGAUACUAUUGUUCAGGGACUUCAAUACUUGAAAGCAUCCAUCAAGGCUAUGUCCAUAAAGGUCAUUGAGGUACCAGGUGUAGAAGCUGAUGAUGUGAUUGGAACGUUGGCAGCAAGGAGUGUUGAUGCCGGGUACAAGGUACGAGUUGUGUCCCCGGACAAAGACUUCUUUCAGAUCCUUUCUCCUUCACUACGUCUACUACGGAUUGCUCCUCGUGGCAUUGAGAUGGUUUCGUUUGGAGUGGAGGACUUUGCUGAAAAAUAUGGUGCUUUGAAGCCUUCUCAAUUUGUUGAUGUGAUUUCACUUAUGGGCGACAAGUCUGAUAACAUUCCAGGAGUUGAAGGAAUUGGAAGUGUUCAUGCAGUGCAACUGAUAACUAAAUACGGCACAUUAGAAAAUUUGUUAAAAUGCAUCAAUCAAGUUGAAGAGGGACGUAUCAGAAAGGCCUUAAUUACGAAUGCUGAGCAGGCAGUAUUAAGCAAGAACUUGGCCCUGCUGCGUUCUGAUCUUCCAUUCUACAUGGUACCAUUUGCUACCAGAGAUCUCACAUUUAACAAACCAGAGGAUGAUGGGGAGAAAUUCACAAGCCUCUUAAAUGCCAUCAGUGCUUAUGCAGAAGGAUUUUCAGCUGAUUCACUCAUUCGAAGAGCAUUCUACUUGUGGAAGAAGCUCGAAAGGCAACUUUGAGUUAUGUAAACAGGCUAGAUUUGCUAUUCGCUAAUUUUGAAAGUGCAUGAGCGGAAUACUGACUAUUCUUUUGCUGUAUUCUCAAAUUAUCUCUACAAGGUUUCUCGUGCAUACAUUCCAAAAAUUCCUGGUUCUUCAUUCUCCUGUUA